AUGCUUGCGAUAUACAUCGCGUCUGUCACGGUCGCGCUUUGUCGGCAAAGUGGAAUGGAACUGGGAAUGUUUCGUCGCCAUCGUCCCAAAUCCAGCUCUUUCCAACGAACCAGUCCGACAAAAUAG